GCCCUGUGUAUAAACGUACAGUGCAGUGAUGUGCUGGAGACAUUGUGUCUGGUCUUCUGUGGAGCUGAUGUGAACUGUUCUACUGGCCAGGCUGACUGUCCCUCCCCCCUCUCCCUGGCACUCACACACAACCAGAAACUACAGGCCGAGUUCCUCUCACACAACCUCAACACAGGUACACACACACACACACACACACACACACACUCAUGUUGACAGAUAGCAUGCUUAUGUUUAUUCAUAUACAGCUCCGGAAAAAAGUAAGAGACCACUACAAAAUGAUCAGUUUCUCUGGUUUUACUAUUUAUAGGUAUGUGUUUGGGUAAAAAUAACAUUUUUGUUUUAUUCUAUAAACUACUGACAACAUUUCUCCCAAAUUCCAAAUAGAAAUAUUGGAAGUUAGAGCAUUUAUUUGCAGAAAUUGACAACUGGUAAAAAUAACAAAAAAGAUGCAGUGUUGUCAGACCUCGAAUAAUGCAAAGAAAAUAUGUUCGUGUUCAUUUUUAAACAACACAAUAGUAAUGUUUUAACUUAGGAAGAGUUCAGAAAUCCAUAUUUGGUGGAAUAACCUGAUUUUCAAUCACAGCUUUCAUGCGUCUUGGCAUGCUCUCCACCAGUCUUUCACAUUGAUGUUGGGUGACUUUAUGCCACUCCUGGCGCAAAAAUUCAAGCAGCUCGGCUUUGUUUGAUGGCUUGUGACCAUCCAUCUUCCUCUUGAUCACAUUCCAGAAGUUUUCAAUGGGGUUCAGGUCUGGAUAUUGGGCUGGCCAUGACAGGGUCUUGAUCUGGUGGUCCUCCAUCCACACCUUGAUUGACCUGGUUGUGUGGCAUGGCGCACUUUCCUGCUGGAAAAACCAAUCCUCGGAAUUGGGGAACAAUGUCAGAGCAAAAGGAAGCAAGUUUCUUCCAGGACAACCUUGUAUGUGGCUUGAAUCAUGCGUCCUUCACAAAGACAAAUCUGCCCGAUUCCAGCCUUGCUGAAGCACCCCCAGAUCAUCACCGAUCCUCCACCAAAUUUCACAGUGGGUGCGAGACACUGUGGCUUGUAGGCCUCUCCAGGUCUCCGUCUAACCCGUUAGACGACCAGGUGUUGGGCAAAGCUGAAAAUUGGACUCAUCAGAGAAGAUGACCUUACUCCAGUCCUCUACGGUCCAAUCCUUAUGGUCUUUUGCAAACCUCAGCCUGGCUCUUCUUUGCUUCUCAUUGAUGAAGGCCUUUUUUCUAGCUUUGCACGACUUCAGCCCUGCCCCUAGGAGCCUGUUUCAAACCGUCCUCGCCGUGCACUUCACCCCAGCUGCCGUUUGCCAUUCUUUUUCUAGGUCACUUGAUGUCAUCCUACGGUUGUUGAGUGACAUUCGAAUGAGUUGGCGGUCAUCCCGGUCAGUAGAGAUCGUUUUCAUACAUGUAGAGAUGCUGAUUUAAGAAACAUUUGCAGUGGUCUCUUAAUUUUUUCCACAGCUGUAUAUUCAUGUUCGUUUUUAUUAAUUCACAUAUUUACAUGUUGUUUAUUCCUGUUUAAUAAUGAGUGUGCGUGUUGUUGUGUGUCUGCAGAGCUGCCUAGGUUUGAGGUGGCUGGGGUCAUGGAGCCUCAACACUAUUCACCACAGCACUCCGUCACUCACAAUGGUUUCCUUUUCAAGACUGCCUCUAUGGUCCGGCCUAUCACGGAGCGCAAGGCCAGGGAGGGUGAGCCAAUCACACACACCCUAGUUUCUUCCUUAGUCCCUUCCCCUAGUCCCUUCCUCUUGUACCUUCCUCUAGUCCUCUUGUUCCUUCCCCUAGUCCCUACCCCUAGUCCUUCCUCUAGUCCCUUCCUCUAGUCCUCUAGUCCCUUCCUCUAGUCCUCUACUCCCUUCCCCAAGUCCCUUCCAGUAGUCCCUACCCCUAGUCCUUCCCCUAGUCCCUUCCUCUAGUCCUCUAGUCCCUUCCCCAAGUUCCUUCCCCUAGUCCCUACCCCAAGUCCUUCCUCUAGUCCCUUCCUCUAGUCCUCUAGUCCUCUUGUUCCUUCCCCUAGUCCCUACCCCUAGUCCUUCCUCUAGUCCCUUCCUCUAGUCCUCUAGUCCCUUCCCCAAGUCCCUUCCCGUAGUCCCUACCUAUAGUCCCUUCCCCUAGUCCCCUAGUCCUUCCUCUAGUCCCUUCCUCUAGUCCUCUAGUCCCUUCCCAUAGUCCCUUCCCCUAGUCCCCUAGUCCUUCCUCUAGUCCCUUCCUCUAGUCCUCUAGUCCUUCCUCUAGUCCCUUCCUCUAGUCCUCUAGUCCCUUCCUCUAGUCCUCUAGUCCCUUCCCAUAGUCCCUUCCCCUAGUCCCCUAGUCCUUCCUCUAGUCCCUUCCCCUAGUCCCCUAGUCCUUCCUCUAGUCCCUUCCUCUAGUCCUCUAGUCCCUUCCUCUAGUCCCUUCCCAUAGUCCCUUCCCCUAGUCCCUUCCCAUAGUCCCUUUCCCUUCCUCUAGUCCCUUCCCAUAGUCCCUUCCCCUUCCUCUAGUCCCUUCCUCUAGUCCCUUCCUCUAGUCCCUUCCUCUAGUCCCUUCCUCUAGUCCUCUAGUCCCUUCCCAUAGCCCCUUCCCCUUCCUCUAGUCCCUUCCUCUAGUCCCUUCCUCUAGUCCCUUCCUCUAGUCCCUUCCUCUAGUCCUCUAGUCCCUUCCCAUAGUCCCUUUCCCUUCCCAUAGUCCCUUCCCCUUCCUCUAGUCCCUUCCUCUAGUCCCUUCCUCUAGUCCCUUCCUCUAGUCCCUUCCUCUAGUCCUCUAGUCCCUUCCCAUAGUCCCUUUCCCUUUCCCUAGUCCCUUCCCAUAGUCCCUUUCCCUUCCCAUAGUCCCUUCCCAUAGUCCCUUCCCAUAGUCCCUUUCCCUUCCCAUAGUCCCUUCCCAUAGUCCCUUUCCCUUUCCCUAGUCCCUUCCUCUAGUCCCUUCCCCAAGUUCUUUCCUCUGGUCCUCUAGUCCCUUCCUCUCACCUAGCUCAAGGUGAUGAUGCUGGCUUGGUCAAAUUGUGUCCUCUGUGAAUGAUGUGUGUCCUCUCUGGUUGCUCUUGUCUCUCCAGAGUUCAGUCGUCGCUGGUGCACGUUAAAUGAUGGGAACUUUAGUUACUACGAGAGUGACAAGAACUCUACACCCAACGGAGCACUGAAGUCUACAGAGAUAGUCUGUCUGGCUGUCAACACACCAGAGAGACACGGGUACCUACCAAACACUCUAUUCUUCCAUCACUCUAAACCAGUCUUUCCCUCUUAAUUGCUUAACAAUCUCUCUCCCUUUCUCUCUCAGCUAUGACCAUACGUUUAAGCUGUACUCGGACUCUGAGCGUGUCUAUCUGUUUGGAACUGACGACCCAGACAGCCACAUGGAGUGGGUCAAAUCCAUCACCAAGGUAACCACACACUGACCCUUACCUAGGUAACCACUCAUACUGACCAUCACCUAGGUCAGUGGUUCCCAACCUUUCUUGAACCGUGGCACACCUUGAUGGGAUAUAAAAUUCUGCGGCACAACUACACAAUAUAUACAAAAGUAUGUGGACACCCCUUCAAAUUAGUGGAUUUGGCUAUUUCAGCCACAAACAUUGCUGACAGGUGUAUAAAAUCGAGCACACAGCCAUGCAAUCUCAAUAGAAAAACAUUGGCAGUAGAAUGGCCUUACUGAAGAGCUCAGUGACUUUCAACAUGGCACCCUCAUAGGAUGCCACCUUUCCAACAAGUCAGUUCGUCAAGUUUCUGCCCUGCUAGAGCUUCCCAGGUCAACUGUAAGUGCUGUUAUUGUGAAGUGGUAACGUGUAGGCGCAACAACGGCUCAGCUGCGAAGUGGUAGGCCACACAAGCUCACAGAACGGGAUCAGUGAAGCAAGUAGUGCGUAAAAAAUGUCUGUAUUCGGUUGCAAUACGCACUACCGAGUUCCAAACUGCCUCUGGAAGCAACGUCAGCACAAGAACUGUUCGUCGGGAUCUUCAUGAAAUGGGUUUCCAUGGUCGAGCAGCCGCACACAAGCCUAAGAUCACCAUGCACAGAGCCCUGACCUCAACCGCAUCGAUCACAUUUGGGAUGAAUUGGAACACCGACUGCGAGCCAGGCCUAAUCGCCCAACAUCAGUGCCCGACCUCACUAAUGCUCUUGUGGCUGAAUGGAAGCAAGUCCCGGCAGCAAUGUUCCAACAUCUAGUGAAAAACCUUCCCAGAAGAGUAGAGGCUGUUAUAGCAGCAAAGGGGGAUCCAACUCCAUAUUAAUGCCCAUGAUUUUGGAGUGAGAUGUUCAACGAGCACUUUUGGACAUGUAGUGUACAUUUCUCAAUUGAUUUAGUGGUAAUGACCUCCAUUUGAUCCAUACUGCAAAUCAUCUAUUUUCUAUGACAAAAGCUUUUAUAUAUUAAAUAGGGUUUAUUUGAAAUAUUUUCAUAGUUCCUUACUCAUGAUGGUUCAUUUGUGUGUACCCCUUUAAGAGCGUCCCACGAAUCUGCGGCAGAAAGAAAAGAAAUGUAACUCCAGUAAAAUAAGUAUUUUUGGGGGGCUAAAGAGGAACGGUUUUCUGCAUUUAAAGGUGUAACCACGGACACAAAGGCAUGCUCCCUUUGUUUCUAUGGCAGAGGCUGUGGUAUACUGUAGCUAAUCCAAGAGCCAUAUAUUAAUAAAUAAAUGACUGGCUAAACUUGCCUGUGCUAAUGGUUUUCACAGACAAAGUAAAAUGAUACAAAGGACUUUGCUGGUGAUGUGCACCCCUCAAACAGCCGGAGCGCAUUGGACUUGAAACAACCACACAGAUAUAACCAUGUGCCAUUUAAUGUUUAUCUGACCGAGGAUUAGAGUUGAUCCGAGUCUGACCUCACAACGGCAGUCAAGCGCCCAAGCUGACUGGCUAACAUUGGCUAGCUUGCUAGCUACUUAGUCUCCUGAGUGGCGCAGUGGUCUAAGGCACUGCAUUGCAGUGCUAGCUGUGCCACUAGAGAUCCUGGUUCGAAUCCAGGCUCUGUCGCAGCCGGCCGCGACCGGGAGACUCAUGGGCAGCGCACAAUUGGCCUAGCGUUGUCCAGGGUAGGGGAGGGAAUGGCCGGCAGGGAUGUAGCUCAGUUGAUAGAGCAUGGCGUUUGCAACGCCAGGGUUGUGGGUUCGAUUCCCAAGGGGGACCAGUAUGAAAAACAAUAAAAAUAUAUAAAAAAUAUGUAUUCACUAACUGUAAGUCGCUCUGGAUAAGAGCGUCUGCUAAAUGACUAAAAUGUAAAAUGUAAAUGUACUUCCUUAUACAAAUAAGAGAACACCUCACUCUGACCAUUCUAUUCGCCCUAGCAGAGCUAGUUAGGCUGUUUUCAUGUUAUCUAGAGCGUUAGUGACUGUAACUGUGCUGCUAGCAACAAUUUAAAGGACAUUUACGAGUCCAAGUAAAGUGACACAGGAUGGUCAUAAUGCUUUAUGACAGUGUCAUCAAGUGUAUUCUCUACAAGUUAUUUGAAAUAUGAAUGUAAAGAAUUCAUUACAACAACAACAACAACAACAACAAAGGACUUAAGAAACAAACUUUCAAACAGAAGUAAACUGCUCGGCAGGGAAAAAACACUUUUGAAUAAAUUAUGCAAUAUAUGUCAGAAGAGGUGUAAAUAUAUGGGUCAGGACAGUGUUAUGACCAUAUUAUGACAGAUUCUGAGAAGUUAUGUCAGCUUUUAUGACAUCAUGACAUGGUUAUGACCUUGUCAUAACGUGUUAUGACGCUGGGUGUCAAGUAAAGUGUUACCAAAAAUUCUUAGGCGGGCCGUCUAAGUGGUAAUUUUCAUAUUGCAAAAACAGUUUUAGUGUCAACUUAAAUGACCAAAACCAGAUAAAAUAUAUAUAUUUUUAAAUAAUACCAUCUGAGAAGUCAAGGAGAAUCGAAAAAACAGUGUAUUCAGGGCACAUGCCAGUUGAUUUUGUUAUAAUGUUUGAGCAGAGGAACACAGCAUUAGCCAUGGCAAAAUGCAUAGAAUUGCAGAAAACAGUAAAAUUGUCUCUACGCUGCCAAGAUACUUUUACCUUUCUAGCUAAUAUACUAUGUUAGAGUUUAUAAUUCCUCUUUCAAUGAACUGUGGGGAGGUCAAAAUCGAUGAAUUUUAAAAUGUUGAUUGCUUCUACUUUCCAUUCACCUGAUAAGACAAGACGUGAUUUAUUGAUUUAUUGCUAACAUAUGAUGGGGGUCGCCGGUUUGCCUUGGCGGUGGUCCCUGGGCAAGAAAAGUUUGAAAACCCCUUACCUAGGGAACCACUCACACUGACCAUCGCCUAGGUAACCACUCACACUGACCGACGCCUAGGAAACCACUCACACUGACCAUCACCUAGGUAAUCAAGGUCAAGGCUCAGCUGUGGGAUGUGUCCUUGAACACAUUUAACUUCCCCUCUUCUCCCCAGACGUUUAUUCCGCCCAAUGCAGAGGCUCUGUUGAGACUGAGCUUUGAGCGGAUUGGCCGGCUGAAGUACAAAGACGGGUUGAACCUACAGAGCCCUCGGGUUGGCUGGUUCGCACUGGUUGGCUCCUCCCUCCAUGCCUACCUAGAGGACAGUGAGGAAGAGGAGGAGAUACACCUACGCAAACUACAGGAGCUCUGUGAGUACAAACACACACACUUCUUCUAUCCUUGUGGGGACCUAAAAUGUAUUUCCAUUUAAAAUCCUAUUUUCCCUAACCUUAGCCUCUAACCUUAACCCCUAAACCUAAACCUAAAGCCUAAACCUAAUUCUAACUCUAACCCUAAUUGUAACCCUAACCCUAACCCUAAAUCUAACCCUUAAGCUUAAAAUAGCCUUUGUCCUCAUGGGGAUGUGAGAAUGGUGUCCCCACGAGGGAGAAUUUUCCUUGUUUUACUAUCCUUGUAGGGACAAUUGGGGAUUUCAGGUCCCCACAAGGACAGAAGAACAAGACCACACACACACACACACACACACACACACAUACACACUGUUUGUACCACCAUUACAUUAAAUUGUUCCAUAUGUGUGUUUGCACAGCGAUCCAGCAGGAGAAUGAGGUGCUGGUUCUGGUGGAGAGAGGCAGGUGAGAGGAUAGUGCUGCCAUAUUGCCUCUGACUUUCUAACAACACUUAUGUUUACAUUCUGUUUGUUGUUUGUUCAGGGGAAUGGAAGAGUUGAAACAGGACUGAAUAGGAGGCUAAAUGAGCACUAUUAUAUUGACCCACUAAAGAGGUUUGAAAUUCUACUAUCUUCCCUCUCCCCCUUCCUGUUAUCCCCACUCUCCCUCCCUCCUUCCUCUGCCUCUCCCUCUCAUUCUUCCUACCACCCCUUUCUCCAUGCCUCCCUCCCCCCUCCCUCCAGGACUCUGUACAUCGAGGGGGAGAGGAAGCUUGACUUCCAGGGUUGGUGUGUGUCCAUCCAGAGAGCAGCAGGCAGUGCAGGAGACUCUCUUAGUCAGCAGCAACUAACUGAGACUGACAUCCCUGUUAUAGUGGACCGCUGCAUUGACUACAUCACACAGUGCGGUAAGAGUGUGUAGCUGUGUGUGUAGCUGUGUGUGUGUGUGUGUGUUGCCUCGUGACUGUAAUAGCGGGAGUUCUGGCUCACAGAGAGAGAGAAGCAAAGGACAACAAAUCAGCACUGUUCUCUCUCUCUCUCUCUGUCUGUCUCUGUCUCUGUCUCUCUCUCUCUCUCUGUCUGUCUCUGUCUCUGUCUCUCUCUCUGUCUGUCUCUCUGUCUCUCAACUUUAUUGGCAUGGGAAACGUAUGUUAACAUUGCCAAAGCAAGUGAAGUAGAUAGUAAACAAAAGUGAAAUAAACAAUAAAUAUUAACAGUAAACAUUACACUCAGAAGUUCUAAAAGAAUAAAGACAUUUCAAAUGUCAUAUUAUGUAUAUAUACAGUGUUGUAACAAUGUGCAAAUAGUUAAAGUACAAAUGGGAAAAUAAAUAAACAUAAAUAUGGGUUGUAUUUACAAUGGUGUUUGUUCUUCACUGGUUGCCCUUUUCUUGUGGCAACAGGUCACAAAUCUUGCAGCUGUGAUGGCACACUGUGGUUUUUCACCCAGUAGAUAAGGGAGUUUAUCAAAAUUGGGUUUGUUUUCGAAUUCUUUGUGGAUCGCUGUAAUCUGAGGGAAAUAUGUGUCUCUAAUAUGGUCAUACAUUUGCCAGGAGGUUAGGAAGUGCAGCUCAGUUUCCACCUCAUUUUGUGGGCAGUGUGCACAUAGCCUGUCUUCUCUUGAGAGCCAGGUCUGCCUACGGCGGCCUUUCUCAAUAGCAAGGCUAAGCUCACUGAGUCUGUACAUAGAUUAAGCUUUCCUUAACUUUGGGUCAGUCACAGUGGUCAGGUAUUCUGCCGCUGUGUACUCUCUGUUUAGGGCCAGAUAGCAUUCUAGUUUGCUCUGUUUUUUUGUUAAUUCUUUCCAAUGUGUCAAGUAAUUCUCUUUUUGUUUUCUCAUGAUUUGGUUGGGUCUAAUUGUGUUGUUGUUUUCCUGGGGCUCUGUGGGGUCUGUUUGUGUUUGUGAACAGAGCCCCAGGACCAGCUGAUUUAGGGGACUCUUCUCCAAGUUCAUCUCACUUUAGGUGAUGGCUUUGUUAUGGAAGGUUUGGGAAUCGCUUCCUUUUAAGUGGUUAUAGAAUUUAACGGCUCUAAUCUGGAUUUUGAUAAUUAGCGGGUAUCGGCCUAAUUCUGCUCUGCAUGCAUUAUUUGGGUUCUAUAACUGAUUCAAGUAUUUUUAGCCAGAUCCUAAUUGGUAUGUCGAAUUUUAUGUUCCUUUUGAUGGCAUAGAAGGCCCUUCUUGCCUUGUCUCUCAGAUCGUUCACAGCUUUGUGGAAGUUACCUGUGGCGCUGAUGUUUAGGCCGAGGUAUGUAUAGUUUUUUGUGUGCUCUAGGGCAACAGUGUCUAGAUGGAAUUUGUAUUUGUGGUCCUGGCAACUGGACCUUUUUUGGAACACCAUUAUUUUUGUCUUACUGAGAUUUACUGUCAGGGCCCAGAUCAUCAGCAAACUGUAGACAUUUGACUUCAGAUUCUAGUAGGGUGAGGUCAGGUGCUGCAGACUGUUCUGUCUGUCUGUCUGUCUGUCUGUCUGUCUGUCUGUCUGUCUGUCUGUCUGUGUCUGUCUGUCUGUGUCUCUCGCUCUCUCUGUCUCUGUCUCUCGCUCUCUCUGUCUCUCUCUGUCUCUGUCUCUCGCUCUCUCUGUCUCUGUCUCUCGCUCUCUCUGUCUCUCGCUCUCUCUGUCUCUCGCUCUCUCUGUCUCUCGCUCUCUCUGUCUCUCGCUCUCUCUGUCUCUCGCUCUCUCUGUCUCUCGCUCUCUCUGUCUCUCGCUCUCUCUGUCUCUCGCUCUCUCUGUCUCUCGCUCUCUCUGUCUCUCGCUCUCUCUGUCUCUCGCUCUCUCUGUCUCUCGCUCUCUCUGUCUCUCUCUUUCUGUCUCUCGCUCUCUCUGUCUCUCUCUCUCUCAAUUCAAUUCAUUUCAAGGGGGCUUUAUUGGCAUGGGAAACAUAUUUUUACAUUGCCAAAGCAAGUUAAAUAGAUAAACAAAAGUGAAAUAAACAAUAAAAAGUUAACAGUAAAUAGUACUCUCUCACUCUCUCAUUCAGGAUUUUAUGUUAGCCUUCGCUGACUCAUUCAAGGGGACUUUUCAUGUAUUUCUAUCAUACAAUAAACUACCUGUUUGAAAGAGCACCUCACUCAUGUCUAAUCUUUCUAUGCAUUUCUUACAACACCCUGACACACACACACACACACACACACACACACACACACACACACACACACACACACACACACACACACAUACAUACAUACAUACAUACAUACACACACACACACACACACACACACACACACACACACACACACAUACAUACACGCAUACACCCACACAUACACACACACACACACACACACACACACAUACAUACAUACAUACAUGCAUCCACACGUGACGAGUCAACAGUGGUUGGCUGGUUAAUGAGCGUUAGCUCGACGCUGGCACCUGCUCGUUAGCCAGAGUCAAAGGUGACACAGUGUGGGCUCAUCGUCAUGGCAACAACUGUAGCAUUUUAUUCUGGUCUGUGUCGUUCAUCUUCGUUU